AACCUUCUCAUUUUUGAACAUUCCCAGAGCAGUAAGCCCAGACCAAAAUGAAGAGAAGGGGUCUUGAAAGCUGCCUUUUAAGUCUCAAUAACACUACUAAAUAAGCUGCUGGACCCAUAUGCAGAGACCUUUCUCUUGGGCAUCCUACAACCUGCAGCGGGUAACGCAGGGAGAGAGGAAAACCCUGAGGAGACGCUCCAGGUUGCCUGUUUGCUGAGAUAGAAGGAGCGGCAGCCUGCGGAGCCACGCGCAGCGUCACGGAACUGGCGCGGGAGCACCCGGCGCGCAGGCCUGGAGCUGCUGCUGCUGCUGCUGCUGCUACUGCUGGCGGGUUCCUGGCGCUGCAGAACACGCCGCGCCACCGGCAGGAGCGCCUGGGGCUAGCAGGAGAAUACCCCGAGGAGUCCGCGCUGCACCAUGCAGAGCCUGGUAACACCUGCUUUGUGCACUCCAGGCAACGGAGGAACCUGGAGAGGUUGGCCAGUUGUCUAAAAGCUGGAGUGGUAACGGAACCAAAGAAAGCUAGAACAUCUCAUCUCUCCAAGACUGGGAUUUUGUUCCUCCAAAUUGCAGGGAGUCCAAGUAGAGGUCAUGAGGGGCAAGCGAGGAUGUCCAAGAAUGACUGAGGUCUGGGAAGGUGGUCAUCUUCUCUGAGCCCUGGAAAAUCUCCUUGACAUUUUUUACACUUUGAAGCAGCUGCAGCUGGUGUCGUCGGAAAAGGGGGUGGGAGGAAAGAGAGGGGGCGGGGAGAUUGUGGAGUCACGGGCGCAAGCCAGGAGCAGCGCCUCGUCUGCCAAUCCUGGCACCUGUGCGCCAAGCCGCUGCACCGCGGAGGACCCCGCUCCGGGCCAAUUGUGGGCUCCGAGCCACGGCCACCCAGCCUCUGGGCCAGUGCGACCUGCAGCCACCCACCCUGGGCCCCCGCUGCCACCCACAGCUGCGGGAGCGCACAACCCCAGCUAGUGCUUGCUGUGACCCGGGCCCCAGGGACCCUUGCUCCUUCAGAGACGUCGUGGCCGGCUCGGGCAGAAGCCGAGUUGAGUACAGGAUUCGCCCGCGCUGCCUUUCUCUUCUCCGCCCAGGAUUUAUUGUCUGUGGAGCCUUCUGGGGGCGGGGAGGGAGCUGCGCCUCCGCCGCCGCCGCCACUGCUGCUGCUACGGUCGCUAGCGCGGCGCGCUGGGCGGGCGGAGGCCGGGGACUGGCCGCGCUGGUGCUCCCGGCGGGCUCCCGGCUCCCCCCUGGCACCUCUCCAGCCUUGCACCUGAAGGGCAGUGGCAUCAUGGUCUGACGCGGCAACUGCCCGGAGUCCCCUCUGCCUUUUGCUUUGGAGGACUCCCGUACCGGCUUCACUGCGGACCCCAGAGCACUUUAAGGAGUAACCCUCGGCAGCUGCAAGGCCUUAGCACCCGGGACCCUCAUGGGUAGUUUCUGCUUCUGACGAUGAUGGAGAGCCUAAUACGGGGAAGGAAUCCCCCACAAUAUCAGCGAAGUCCUUAUAAGGAGGCUCGUGCAGCACUUCGGAAGAGGCCUGAAGAGGAGUUGCAGUGCCUGGAGAUGACCACCAAACGGAAGCUCAUUGGCCGCCUGGUGCCCUGCCGCUGCUUCCGCGGUGAGGAAGAGAUCAUCUCAGUGUUGGAUUACUCCCACUGCAGCCUGCAACAGGUGCCCAAGGAGGUCUUCAACUUUGAACGCACACUAGAGGAGCUCUAUCUGGAUGCCAAUCAGAUUGAGGAGCUGCCCAAGCAAUUGUUCAACUGUCAAGCUCUGCGGAAACUAAGCAUUCCUGAUAAUGACCUCUCAAGUCUGCCGACCUCUAUUGCUAGCCUAGUUAAUCUGAAAGAACUCGACAUCAGUAAAAAUGGUGUACAAGAAUUUCCAGAAAACAUAAAGUGCUGUAAGUGUUUAACCAUUAUUGAAGCCAGUGUCAAUCCCAUUUCUAAACUACCCGAUGGCUUCACACAGCUUCUUAACCUGACCCAGCUCUACCUGAAUGAUGCCUUCCUUGAAUUUCUUCCAGCUAAUUUUGGAAGACUUGUCAAAUUGAGGAUCUUGGAGUUAAGAGAAAAUCACUUGAAAACUCUACCAAAAUCAAUGCACAAACUGUCCCAGCUGGAAAGACUUGACCUAGGCAAUAAUGAAUUCAGUGAGCUGCCUGAAGUUCUGGAUCAAAUACAGAAUUUGAGGGAGCUAUGGAUGGAUAACAAUGCAUUGCAAGUGCUGCCUGGGUCUAUAGGGAAGUUAAAGAUGUUGGUAUACCUGGAUAUGUCAAAAAACAGGAUAGAAACGGUUGACAUGGAUAUUUCUGGAUGUGAAGCCCUUGAGGACCUCUUACUAUCAUCCAAUAUGUUGCAACAGCUGCCUGACUCAAUAGGACUGCUGAAAAAGCUAACAACUCUAAAAGUAGAUGACAAUCAACUCACUAUGCUACCCAAUACAAUUGGAAACUUAUCUUUAUUAGAAGAAUUUGACUGCAGCUGCAAUGAGCUGGAAUCCCUUCCUUCCACCAUUGGCUACCUGCACAGCCUGCGAACGUUAGCAGUCGAUGAGAAUUUCCUCCCAGAGUUGCCCAGAGAAAUUGGCAGCUGUAAGAAUGUCACCGUUAUGUCUCUACGCUCCAAUAAACUAGAAUUUCUUCCUGAAGAAAUUGGGCAGAUGCAGAGGCUGCGAGUCUUAAAUCUGAGUGAUAACAGGUUGAAGAAUUUGCCAUUCUCAUUCACCAAACUCAAAGAGCUUGCAGCAUUGUGGCUUUCCGACAAUCAGUCCAAGGCCCUUAUCCCUCUACAAACAGAAGCCCACCCAGAAACCAAGCAAAGGGUACUGACCAACUACAUGUUUCCCCAGCAACCCCGUGGUGAUGAAGAUUUCCAGUCAGACAGCGACAGCUUCAACCCCACCCUGUGGGAGGAGCAGAGACAACAGCGCAUGACUGUUGCCUUUGAAUUUGAGGAUAAAAAAGAAGAUGACGAAAGUGCUGGGAAAGUAAAGGCUCUCUCCUGCCAAGCCCCCUGGGACAGGGGCCAGCGUGGGAUUACUCUCCAACCUGCCAGGCUGUCUGGCGAUUGCUGCACACCAUGGGCCAGGUGUGAUCAGCAGAUCCAAGAUAUGCCCGUCCCCCAGAGUGACCCCCAGCUGGCAUGGGGUUGUAUAAGUGGCCUCCAGCAGGAGCGGAGCAUGUGUGCUCCCUUGCCAGUGGCAGCACAGUCCACCACUCUUCCCUCUCUAAGUGGCAGACAGGUUGAAAUAAACCUAAAACGAUAUCCAACUCCUUACCCAGAGGAUUUAAAGAAUAUGGUAAAAUCUGUUCAAAAUCUGGUGGGUAAGCCAAGCCAUGGAGUGCGUGUUGAGAACUCAAAUCCAACAGCUAACACGGAGCAAACUGUGAAAGAAAAGUUUGAACACAAGUGGCCGGUGGCCCCAAAGGAGAUUACAGUGGAGGAUUCUUUUGUUCAUCCAGCUAAUGAAAUGAGGAUUGGGGAACUUCACCCUUCAUUAGCUGAGACCCCUCUGUACCCACCCAAACUUGUUCUGCUAGGGAAGGACAAAAAAGAAUCAACUGAUGAGUCUGAAGUUGACAAAACUCACUGUCUGAAUAACAGUGUCUCCUCAGGCACCUACUCAGACUACUCACCCUCCCAGGCUUCCUCGGGGUCCUCUAACACCCGCGUGAAAGUGGGGUCCUUGCAGACAACAGCUAAAGAUUCCGUCCAUAACUCUUUGUGGGGUAACAGGAUUGCACCACCUUUCCCACAGCCUCUGGAUGCAAAGCCAUUACUCAGCCAACGGGAGGCUGUUCCUCCAGGGAAUCUCCCCCAGCGUCCUGAUCGGCUGCCAAUGAGUGAUGCUUUCCCUGACAACUGGACCGACGGCUCCCAUUACGAUAACACGGGUUUUGUCUCAGAGGAAGCCACGGCAGAGAAUGCCAACAAUAACCCUCUCUUAAGCGCCAAAGCUAGAAGCAUACCUGCUCAUGGGCGUAGGCCUUUAAUCAGGCAAGACAGGAUUGUUGGUGUUCCCCUGGAACUGGAGCAGUCCACACAUAGACACACGCCAGAAACAGAAGUGCCUCCUUCCAAUCCCUGGCAGAACUGGACCAGAACCCCCAGUCCAUUUGAAGACAGGACUGCUUUUCCUUCCAAGUUAGAAACAACCCCUACUACCAGCCCCUUGCCUGAAAGAAAAGACCACAUGAAGGAGCCUACAGAGACACCAGGUCCCUUUUCUCCAGGAGUGCCAUGGGAGUAUCAUGAUCCCACCCCCAACAGGAGUCUCGGUAAUGUCUUUUCUCAAAUCCACUGCCGCCCAGAUUCAUCUAAAGGUGUUAUUGCAAUUAGCAAAAGCACAGAGAGGCUGUCCCCACUCAUGAAAGAUAUAAAGUCCAACAAGUUCAAAAAGUCUCAGAGUAUUGAUGAGAUUGACAUUGGUACCUACAAGGUUUAUAACAUUCCACUAGAAAACUAUGCCUCUGGGAGUGACCACUUGGGAAGCCACGAGCGGCCAGACAAGUUGUUGGGACCAGAGCACGGCAUGUCCAGUAUGUCCAGGAGCCAAUCAGUACCCAUGCUGGAUGACGAGAUGCUCAUGUAUGGAAGUAGUAAAGGGCCACCCCAACAGAAAGCAUCUAUGACUAAGAAGGUCUAUCAGUUUGACCAAAGCUUCAAUCCUCAAGGAGCAGUGGAAGUUAAAGCAGAGAAGAGGAUUCCACCCCCUUUUGCACACAAUUCUGAGUAUGUGCAGCAGCCCAGCAAAAACAUCGCCAAGGAUCUGGUCAGCCCCAGAGCCUAUAGAGGUUACCCACCCAUGGAGCAGAUGUUCUCCUUUUCCCAGCCAUCUGUAAAUGAGGAUGCCAUGGUGAAUGCUCAGUUCGCCAGCCAGGGGCCCAGAGCAGGCUUCCUAAGGAGGGCUGACUCCCUGGCCAGCUCCACUGAAAUGGCCAUGUUCAGAAGAGUCAGCGAGCCCCAUGAGCUGCCCCCUGGUGACAGGUAUGGCCGAACAGCCUAUAGGGGAGGGCUGGAAGGCCAGAGCAGCAUUUCAAUGACUGAUCCCCAGUUCCUCAAGAGGAAUGGCAGGUAUGAAGAUGAGCACCCUUCAUAUCAAGAAGUGAAAGCGCAGGCGGGAAGUUUCCCUGCUAAAAACCUUACCCAGAGGAGGCCACUGUCUGCCAGGAGCUACAGCACAGAGAGUUACGGAGCCUCCCAAACAAGGCCAGUUUCAGCUAGGCCUACCAUGGCAGCCCUCCUGGAAAAAAUACCAUCUGACUAUAACCUGGGUAACUAUGGUGACAAGCCGUCAGAUAACAGUGAUAUAAAGACAAGGCCCACCCCUGUGAAGGGAGAGGAGAGCUGUGGUAAAAUGCCGGCAGACUGGAGACAGCAGCUGCUUAGACAUAUAGAAGCUAGAAGGUUAGACAGGAACGCUGCUUACAAACACAACACAGUUAACCUUGGCAUGCUGCCCUAUGGAGGUAUUUCAGCAAUGCAUGCAGGCAGAAGCAUGACUUUAAACUUGCAGACUAAGUCUAAAUUUGACCUUCAAGACCUACCUCUUCAGAAAACCCCGUCCCAGCAAAGCAACAUUUUAGACAAUGGACAAGAAGAUGUCUCUCCUAGUGGCCAAUGGAAUCCUUACCCACUUGGGAGGCGGGAUGUACCUCCGGACACCAUUACUAAAAAGGCAGGUAGCCACAUUCAGACCCUGAUGGGGUCACAGAGCCUUCAACAUCGAAGCCGGGAGCAGCAGCCAUAUGAGGGGAACAUCAACAAAGUGACCAUCCAGCAGUUUCAGUCGCCAUUGCCCAUCCAGAUCCCUUCAUCACAGGCCACCCGGGGACCUCAGCCUGGACGGUGCUUAAUUCAAACGAAAGGGCAGAGGAGUAUGGAUGGCUAUCCUGAGCAGUUCUGUGUGAGAAUAGAAAAGAAUCCUGGGCUUGGAUUUAGUAUCAGCGGUGGAAUUAGUGGGCAAGGAAAUCCUUUCAAACCUUCCGACAAGGGUAUCUUUGUUACUAGGGUUCAGCCUGAUGGACCAGCAUCCAACCUACUACAGCCCGGGGAUAAGAUCCUUCAGGCAAAUGGACACAGUUUUGUGCAUAUGGAACAUGAAAAAGCUGUUUUACUACUGAAGAGCUUCCAGAACACAGUAGACCUAGUUAUUCAACGUGAGCUCACUGUCUAAAUGUUUUUAUAAAUAGUGAAGAUAUGUCAGGCCAGAGCUAAUGUUCAAAAUUAAAUUUAUACAUAGAAACAAAUUUUGCCAGUUGCUGGACCAAUGGCAAACACCAGUGCCAGGUGUAUAAUAUUGUACGUUAGCCUUGACUACCCUGAAAAAUGUUACCUAUAAACAUGGCGUUCAUGCGCGGUUCUGUAUCAGUUCCAGCGGCAGCCUCUGGCUGUACAUUGGUGCGGUUUUGUUUCUGUUUUUGUUUUUUAAUCAAAUAAGUUGUCUUCUAAAAGUGGAUUUCCUAUCAUUUCGGAGCACGGAAGCACACACAAGCUCUUUACAAAUUCUGCUCUCCAUCAGAAAUACUGCCUCAAAAGUUGUAUAUAAAGAAUUGUAAUCCCCAUAAAGUAUUUCUAGCACAAGGUAUAUGUUGGCAUAUAUACAAAAAAGAAUAUAGAAAAAUGAUAUUUUCGUAAACAUCUUGGAUUGAGAAAGAAAAUAUAUCUUAAAAUAAGACUUUACUAUAUUGAAUCUUUUUCAAUAAAAAUUACAUGAUUACGCCUUAUGGAAGCAACUGUACAUAAAGUAUAAGGUAUUUAUAUUUGGUUCCACAACCAUUUGCUAAAUUCCCACGCAGAGUGAAAUAGUUCAUAAAUUAUCCAUUAAUCUCUGGGACCUGAGUAAAAAUUGGAGAAGGUAAAUCUGUUUAAUGCCUUUAGCUAAUUAAAAGGACACAAGCAGACUUCAGAGACAGACCACAGGCUGCUGCAGACCAGGUUCUUUACCACAGCCAGAAGCAGUGAGUGAGGAGUGGCGGGGAAGGCUUAAUGCUUUAAUGUUCUGUUUCCUCGGGGUUAUGUCGACUAUAAACUGUGGUCCCUGUGAUUCCCUUACUGUAAAUGUGGAACUUAUCCGUGUGCUGCUUUAUUUAAUUUGCUACUUUUAAAUCAUUUUCAAUGAACUUUGGGAAUUGAUAACUUUUAUUAUAGAGAGAGACUUGUUAGAAAGCCAUGGUGGGUGAUUUCAAAACCUUGGUGUUGAAAUAUGGAACUUCAGAUAUAAUUUCUCAGAGCUGUGGUCUGCUAGUAUCAUGAAUCUUAAUGCCUGUUUUUUUUUUUGUAGACAGAAAUAGACAAAUUUUUUUCUUCAAAAAAAGUUUCAAGAAACAUAAACAUGAAUGCAAUCAUACAGAGAGUGAAAAAAGCCUAAUGUACUUUUACAUUGUGUUUCCCUUUGUGAAAAUUCAAAAUAUGUUUUAUAAUCCUUUAAAGUAUUUCUUUUUAUAGUAGUCAUUAAUUUGAUUAAAAUAUUAAUUUGAAAUUUCAGGUCGACUUUCCAUAAUUAGUUGCACACAUUCCCUCAUAUACCUACACCACUUUUUAUAUAGCAAAUUUAUCUCACAUGCUAGUGUUUGAAAUUUUACAAUGCAAUCACAUGUGGAUGUCACCAGAGCUCUGAGGAUAAUAUUUGUAAGUUUAUGUUUUAUGGGGACAUUGAAAAUAUUGUAUUUUUGUAGGAUCUAUUAAAAUGAGUGCCACUUAUUAUAAGUACAGUGGUGUUUUGGCAUAGAAUUUGUCACUUGGAGACAAAUGCAACUUCAUUUACAGGCGGUGCACUAGUUUUUGUGUUGAUUUAUGUCAGGAUGGCACGAUACCGUGGUUUUAUGGCUUUGACAAUUAGCUACUGAUUUGAGAUUGACCUUUUUGGCAUAUUACACAGAAGCAGCCUUUAAGUGCAUUUUCAUACAUUGAAAGCAUCUAAUGAAAAGUGUCUUUCAAACCCUAAUUUUCGGUUUCAAAAGCUCAUGGCACAUCACCGUAGCAGAUGUUCUAGGCUCAGUCUUAGUCAAAAGAAACCAGCCAAGCUCAGAACAUAGUAUGGCAGCUUGAAACAUCCAGAAAGCACCCAUCAGGGCUGUGUGGCCUUCUACCUGAAAGCAGGAAGAGGGGCUGGAGAGAUGGCUCAGUGGUUAAGAGCACUGGCUGCUCUUCCAGAGGUCCUGAGUUCAAUUCCCAGCAACCACAUGGUGGCUCUCAACCACCUGUAAUAAGACCUGGUGCCCUCUUCUGGACUGCAGGGACACAUGUAGGCAGAAAGCAGGAGGCAGCCAGAUGCAGGGCUUUCCAGGUGCUUUCUUUUGUAGAAGCAUCAGGUGCUCCUGAGGCCAUCAGCUGAGAGGUGGUGACCCUUCCUUGAUGGACAACAUUGUCAGAGGCCUUGCUUUGACACUUCCUUCUGUGAAGCUCAGUAAUAGGGAAAGAAAAAAGGGACUCCUGACCUCUUGGAGAAAAUGUGGAUAUAUUCCAGGUGUUUUAGGUUAACUCAGUGGAAUCACUUGUGGUUGGGGGAGGGGCUCCUCGUUGAUUUUAAAGAUGGCCCAAGCCAGUAAUUCAUUGAUCUGGGGGUAUUUUUAUUUUUGAGUAACUAACUUGCUACCUGAAACUGGUUCAUGUUAACAUCAAACAUAGAAGCUAAGAGUGUUAAAAGGGAAAGAAAGAAAAGGAAAAAUCUGCAACACAAAGGAGUGAGUUCUCAGUGGCACCAUGAAAUCUCUACCUCUUGGUGGUCCUGGAUCUUCCUGCUGAGGAAGCUGCUUACAGACAUGGAUCAAUAGAGUGGUGUGGAGAGUAGGCUGGAGACAUUAGAGAUGGAAAGGACAAACACUAACAAUUAGUAGCCAGAAUCUGUGGGUUCUGCCAGAUAAAUAUAAAAGGGACAAUUUUCAAAACUUCUCACCAGGCAUACAGUACUUUGUCAUAAACACUUUAUUAAGGUGACUCCACCAGGCAACAGAAGCCACCAAACACAUGAGUCCUGCUGACUUGGAGCCAAUGCUGUCCGGGCUCCCCACCUCCACAGAGAUCACCCCCGGAUCAGGACUGGGAACCACCCUGACUUGUUUUCAGAGAGGAGCGCAUGCCAAGCACUGCUGUCACUCUCUAAAGUGGGGUGGAGCUACUUACCAUGUGUGGGGUAGAGAGAGAGGUAGAGGACAGAAAAUGAUGAAGGACUUUUGAUUAUAUAUUCAAAUAUCAAGAGAAAAUUUUCCAAAUUUCCCGAACUAUUAGAUGGAGAAACUCAGAAACGAUUAAUUGUUAGUCAUAAAACCUGCCAAGAGUGCAUACCUCAGUGUAAAAGCUUGGAAAACAGUGUUCUUCUCAACCUUUCUUUCUACAGGACUUGAGUUGUCCAUCACCAUUUUCUGCUUCUCAUUGGCAGGAAGAUUGAAAAUGUCUAUUCCAAUGAAUGCAUUCUUGUGGAGAAACAAGAAUAUGACCUAAUCAGAUCAAAAUUCAUUUUGGUAUCAGACUGCCACCUGAGCCAUUAGUGAAUUUAGUCUUAACAUGUCUGACUGUUCCAUGAAAUGGCAACCUACCCACAGAUUCACUGGAACACUAGAUCAGUAAAAAGUAACAAGUUAGGAAAAUAAUGAAGUUCAGUCAGUUAAGAUAGGCCCUUCAGUACAAGACAAGCAGCACCGAGGGGCCAGCAAAAGCCCCGUGGCACAAAUACUUCUUUCUAUGGCUUAACCAAAUGUUCAAACACCAGUGAGUCAUGUACCCACUUUCCACCAUGGGUGCAGCUUCCUGACCAACUAGGACUUUGGUGGAUUUUCUAGAUUCAAGAUUACUUACACAACUUUUUUCCUUAGCAAUCCUGGGAGAGGCAUUCUGCCCUGGCUUGGAACAUGAGCCUGGAUCCCCUGAAAACAUGCUAUGUCUCCCAAAUAGAAUGUGGGCUGAGGGUAAUUGGGUGUGUUCUGUGGAACACACACGGUUGUUGGCUCUCCUGCAUGUCUGUCUAGCUCCAUUUUAGUCUACAGUAUGCAGUGAGUUUCCCAUGACACCCAUGGACAAGACUAAGGCAGAUACAACCUUGUUUUCAAUUCUGCUCUGGCACAUCUGGGGACAUUUCUGCUUCUAGCAUGCAAAGCUGGUCUCCUCUCAUGGCUGUUGUCCUUCUGUAGACUCAUGCCCUACCCACCCAUGCUGUUCAAAGGAGGUAGGUGUAUGUUUCCAUCCCACCAAGGCAAACACAUAUAGCCUCCAAAGCUCUAGCUGCCAGAAGACCCAGAAUAUCAGCUGAGGGCUUCCCCCACUGUUUGAGAGGAAGUCUCCUAGGGGAAAAGUCAGUGCUUACCACACCACUGACAGCAGCAAACAGCUCAUGCACAAAGGUGUGAGGGUGUCAGUGCCUUAACAAAGCCAUGUUUCCACUUCCGCGUUUAUUUCUACUGUUUGCUUCUCUAUUCUAAGUGUUAGGUAUUUGCCAUAGUGAGGGACUUUCUCUGAGCUGCUUGUAUGCAUACUGGGGCACCUCCUAGUUUUCCCAACCUUUAACACUGUGAGGAAAUUAUCCAGAAACACUCUCCUGUGAGGACAGAAACUCCUGCCUUCCAUCCCAAAGAAUUUGAGAGUUCUGGAACAAUGAAGAGGAAAGACCACUUUAAGAGCUUAUUUUAAAACCAACAGUGAAAACAGAGGAACCUGGGUUCCCUUGCUUUCUCACUAUGUGACUGUCUUGAUUUUCCUAGAAGCCGGUUUUUUUUUUUUUUUUUUUUUUUUUUUUUUUUGAGGGGCGGAGGAGGACAUAAGAACUGAUGGUUUUAACUUUUGGAGCAUCUUGACUGCCUGGGUUCUGCAGAUGGAUUCUGAAACAUUCCCUAAGUAGGGCACAGAAUUAAAAGUGAGAGGGUCUGUUACCAGUCUGUACAAAUAGCCAGGAGAGAGAUCUGAGAUACACCCUUUCUUCCAAAAAUUCAAAAAAUACUCUUGUUUUGGCUUGACUUUGUUCAUGGUAACACUACAGAGAGUUGGGAAAUUUCAGGCAGCAUUUAUGUAGAAAAUGAUAAAAUCCCGUGGCUCUUUUUCUAACACUGACUGAUAUAGAACUGACCAAAGCAGAAGCAAUGGACCAGACCCCAAUACAUGAGUUUCCAAAUCCAACAUAAUUUCCCUUCCUUUAUUAAAAAAUGGCUGUUUCAUCUUUUAAGCUGUACCAUUUGUAUAUAUCCAUCUGUAUAUGAUUUGGUGGGGAAAGGUGUUUAAAAUGAUCAUUCAAUAUUUCCCUCCUUUGAAAGUUUUUCUCCCACUUUGAACAAGUAUAUUAUUUGUAGGGUUUUUUUUUUCUGUUUUAAAAUAAAGUGAUGAGGAUACAUCCCACCAGACAGACAGACAUCUCUCAUCUAGAGGAAAAUAGCUCACAUUGAGUCUUGUUUUCAAUAGCAAACUCAUAUACUUCCUUCACAAUAGGUUAGCUGAUCUCUGAAGCCUAGGGUAAAUUAUAUAGUCAAGGCAUUUAGAGAUACAUUAUUGAAGAUUGUAACAAAAAAAUAAAGUGCAAUGAUUAUAAAUUUUAUGAUAAAUAUCUGCUGAGCGCCACUAUGCAUCAGGCCUGAUAGGGACAUAGCACAGCCUCUCCUCUGCACUGAAUGUCAUAGUUGAGUGGAAAAAGAAGUUGCAGAUGGAAUGAGACAGUCUGGUGAGUGCUCUAUCUCUGCCCUUACCCCAUCCCAUGGCUGAUGGCAUCCACUCUGCCCAGGUUGGAACAGUACUUCAGUUGUAGCUAUCCUUAUGUCUCCCUACCAGGUCCUAGGGCUACUGGGAGGCUAUUUCAAGUGUUUGUUGGAACUUAGAGAACCGUCUAACAGACUGGUCAUGGACAGAUUGAAAAUAUUUUUGGACAUGGGAAACAGAACCCAGAAUCUCUUGGAUUUUGGAAGAAGCACCAUGUUUUUGUCAGUUUGUUAGCAUGAAAGAAAACAAGGGUUGUCAUGAAGACUACUGUCCCUCAGUCUGGCCCAGCGCUCAGCUCCAUGUUCUGGCAUCAGUGGAUGUUAACAUCUUAACAGACACGGGGAGAGGGGGGGGGGUCCUUCCUGUGUCCACUGCUUCUAGGACAUACUUUCUGUGUCCAGUUUUAGAAUUAUCGACUCAGAAAGGCAGUGAAUAGCUGAGUGUAGUGGCACACACCUUUGAUCCCAGCACUUGGGAGGCAGAGCCAGGUGGGUCUCUGUGAGAUCAAGGCCAACCUGGUCUACAUAGUGAGUUCCAGGACAGCCAGGACUACAUAGUGAGACCCUAGCUCAAUAAUAAUAAUAAUUUUUUUAAAAAUGCAGUUUACAGGGGUCAACAUCCAACUGACCACCUUUCAGACCUAUGUAUUCCCCUGUGAACUUAAGAAUACUGUCACGACCUGGCCUGCUGUUUAGCCCAUCCCAUGAUCAAGCUCCUUGUAUGCUGUUGGAUUGUGCAUAUCUACACAUCAAACCAACCAUCUGUCCUUCCCAGGAGAGCUGGGGCCUCUGGUUGUAGGAACGGCCUGUUUCUCUUCCCUGCCUGACCCAGACUGGGUAAGGCUCCUGCCUUCUGUGUGCCCCAGUGCUUCACUGCCUUUGCACACACUGGCUCUUUGCUGGCAAGCUUCCUCUCCUAGCCUCCUUCCCAAGUUACCAAAAUCAUAUUCAGUCUUCAGGGUCCUGCCUACUUGGCACAGCGACCAUGAAGCCUUCUGUAAUCCUAAUGGGGAAACUGUCAGUGCCACCAACAUGGUGUAGUCCUCACUCAACCUGAACCCUGUGCUGCUCGGUCUGUGUUCUGUCGAGUUGAAGCUCCUUUGAGAAAGAGGGAUAGACAGACAGCAUCCCCAGAAGAACACAUCGAUCCCUCAGCCUUUCUUAGUGGCACAAGCAUAGUGAGUGACAUACUUAACAAAUAAUGACUUAAGUGGGUGACGGAUGCUUCUCUGUGUAACCUUAAAUGAUGAACCUUUUACCUUUGGUCUCCUCUGUUGAUUCAUUAUUCCCACUUUUGUUGGGGAUUAGGAAGUCUUCUAUGCCAAAUUUCCCCCUCUCCUUGCCAUUUCUUUUCAAAGCCUUCAGAAUCUUUGUGCUGUUCGGCAGUUAGAUUUCAUUUGCUUUUUAUAUAUUCUAAAGAUUCCAGCAUUGCCCAAAAUAUUUAAGUGACUUGGUUGUUCAGUUGGGAAAAAAUUUUUAUAUCCUUUUAAUUAGUUUGGAGUUUGUUUCUUCUGGGGAAAAAUCAUGCAUUUAGUUGUCAGAAAUAUCCCAGAGACAUGAAGGAUGGUGUUGAACUAAAAAAAAGCUGUGUUUUUAAGCAUCUAUGAGACCACCAGGCCCAGAACCCCAUCCUGGCCAUAGCUCUCAAGCCCUGGUGAAGAGACUGUGAAGGCUGAAUAUGGUUAAGGCUGCCCUUAGACCCAUUUAAUAUAAAGAUCCUUCUACCUUGUAUUGUGACUAGGAAGGUUGUUAGAUUAAGCUUUUUUUUUUUUUUUUUACAAUAUGAAGAUGAGAAGAAUACAGGAUACCCUAAAUGAAAAUGGCAUAAGAAAUUCAGAGAAGAAAUGAGGUUCCCAUAGUCAGCAAGGUAUUUUUCUGAGGUAAGUGCCAGUGUAAGACACUUACAGCCACAGGAAAAAGCUCUGUGGAGAAGUGAAAGUGUCUAUCACUCCUGAGACAAGUGAGGAUCUGGAAGGGACAGCUAACAUAUCAUCCAAACUUCCCAGAGAAGGGGCCUCUCUUAGCUUUGUGUCACCACCACCCACCAACAAAACCGAGGACGAACAAAUUAUGUGUUGCUUUUCCCCCAAAGCUCCUCAGUUUGAGUUCCUGGUUUCAAGUCUGAGAUACUUUCUAUCCUUGCAAUCAUUUUGACAUGCCCACAGAACUUUUCUUGAGGAACAUGUAGUUACAAAGAAUCACCACCAGGUGGAGAGCGUCUUCCUAGACUUAAUGCCAGAGUCUGAAGACGUCUUCACCCAAAAAACUCACGGUUUUUGUCUCUGUGCAGAUGGAGUCUUAUUUAUGAUUAUGCUCUAAGCUUAAAUGACACCAAUGGAUUGUGUAUCUUUUGUACUAAAAUGCUCAGGUUGAAUCAACUCCCCAGAGUGAAGAUCUCUCUCAGCCUUGGCCCAGUGUGUGCUGAAAUUCUGUUCUUUCUUAACAGUUCAAUAAGCACAUCCAUUGCUUUCAUAGUUUUUCUCUAGCUUGCUUGAGUCUUUCAGAUACUUUGUGCUAAUCUCCCUUAUUUUAUCCACACCUCCCAUUAGUUGACAUGGCAAUAUAUUUGCUUUAAAUCAUCAUAAUUUAUUUUGGAAAUUAUCUCUCCAAAACUUAAGCUUCAGGAAUCAAGUUUGCCUGAAUGGUCUCUCUUAUGAAAUACUAAUCAUGGUCCUGCUUGAAUGUACAUUUCCAGCUGACAUCUGGUGGUAACUCUCCUCUAUAAACUCACCUUUCACCUUAUACAUGUACACAUGUAUUAGCAUAACAUUAUAAAUGGAGUUUAUUACAUAAAGAAUGCAUUUUAAAAAGCAUCUCAUAACGUGAAAAUUGGGUUCCAAGAAAGGCCUAGCUAGGUAAACCCACCCCCAGACUCUUUCAGUCAGAAUAUCCAUGUAUUGAAAGCAGAAUCUUGGCCACCUUGGUGACAUGCUGUGAUUCUGAGAUAUUUAGAGUCUCAGGGCCUCUGAUGGCUGGGUCCUGGUGAAAGAAAUCACAUUUAAGUUAAGGGUGUCUUCACCAUCUGCCCGGACUUCUACUGUGAUGAUCCCAUCAAAACCCUCCCCAGUGGGCUUCAGACUCCCUCCACAGACACUUAAUCUGGUCCUCUUCCAGCAAAAGAAAUCAGAAGACAGGAUGUUCUUUCCUGAAGCUUAUUAAAACAUUAAAUCCUGGUGUUUUUCUCUAAAGGAAACUUUCUUCUGGCCACAAGGUCACCAGCUCCUACAGUGAGCUCUUAGCAGAUUCUGGUCAGCCUCCUUAGGGGGCUGGGGAAUAAUCGCUGUGACCUCAAGCCUGCUGGUUUUAUGGCACCACUCAGGUAGGCUCACCAUGCUAGCUUCAGCUUCUCUCAGGAGGCAAAGCACCCUGAGCCAGCCUGGACUUGAGCAGUGUUACUCACCAGCAAGCCACUGGGCCUCUUCUUUUGGAAAACAUUUGGCUUUCUUCUCUAUUUCACCAUUAUCCUCCUUUCAGACUUUCACGGGCUUCUAAAGAUCAGUUUGGUUGUAGAAAUAAACAGGAGAAUGAAAACUGGGAAGAACUUUGGGACAAUGCAGAGGCUGCCCGUAAGCUCCGAGCGCUCUCCCCAGUGCAGCCUUGACUCCCUUGUGGAUCUGGUGCAGUACGACCGCUCAGUUUUUGGUAUAAACCAUUAAAUAUUUUGUUUGAUUUUUUACUUGUCCAUAUAGUAAUCUUAGUGUUUUAUUCCUGGAACAGUCUCUCGGUCAGCAACAUUCCUUACUUAUGCUGAGAUUAUGAUUGCCUUGGCGGUUAGGGCUCAUUACUUUAGUUUUCUAGCCUGCCAGCUCUGAUGCAAAGUGAACACUCUCUCAGUGUGAAGGGCCCAGGGCUGUGCUUUCAGCUGUGCAGAAUGGGAGUUACCCAUGUUGGUUCAUGGAGUAGCCUCAGCGUGGGAAGAGAAGUCUGCAAGAAAAACUGUCAUUAACUUAAGGGGCCACUAACAUCUUCCCUAACCUGUCCCAGUUUGUCACCUCCUGUGAGAGAUAAGUGAGUGAGUGUGAUCUGCAAGCUUCACUUUAUUGGUGUUCAUUAAAGCAGAAUUCUAAAAAUGGGAAAACCAUCAGGCAGCUGGCAAGUCUCAGCCUCCUCCACACUGUCAUGUAAGCUGUCUUGACCAGUUUUCCUCCUGUUUGUUUGAAACCAGCUGGUAAAUGCAUUUGCAUGCAGUUCUUCAGCCUUACUGUGGAAUCGUUCAACUUGGCAAUAAGUAUUUUGCACUUGAUAGAAUCUCGAAGAUUUCUUCUGACCAAGAGAGACUCCAGCAAGCACUACCCUGAUGGAUGCUUUAUACAGUUGCAGAUGCUGCUGCCUAAACUCACUCACAUCUCUGUGCCUGCCUCCCAAGACAAGUCAGAUGUGGGAACCAAACCCCUCCAACCACCCCCCAACACACACACACACAUCUGUCCCUCUCAGAAUUAGUACUCCUUGUUUUCAUUUCCACACUUCUCCACAGAAUCUGGGCCUGUGGGAUCUAGGGCCCUAAGUCAUCAUAAACACCUCAAAAGUAAGAAAGCAUGACUUUGGUUUUCCUUUUCAAAAUUAUUUUCAUAAACAUUCCCACAUGCUUUCCCAUAUUCCCAGAAUACAGACUCUUAUUUACUUACUUAUUGAGAAUGCUUCCAAACCUGUAGUGUGAAUAGAUGUAGUUCAGUGACGUGUUUACUGUGGUUUAGGGUUCUGUACCUGCAGAACAUGCAGAUGCCCCACCCCUGAGCUGCACCCCAGCCCCUACAGAAGUGCUGCAGAGACUGUCUCCAGAGUCCUCUGGACCAUCAUAAGUACAGGCUUCUAGUCUGCAGUAUUAAUACUUUAAAAAAAAAUUAUCAAUGAUUUUUCAAGCCUUUCUUUUUCUUGUUGUCCUAUCAAUUAAAUCCAAUAAACAGAGGCAUAUGUUCAAAGCUCUACUGUGGGAAUAGUUGAACAUACAAGUACCAGCCUUUCCCAUUAAGAAACAGUCAAACAGGGAGACAAUGCUUAAGAAGUCUAACAAACAGCUGUGUCUGAGAAAAAUGUAAGAGAGAGCAGAGAAUAAAUAUAUCCUCACUGUCUCUCUCACUCUGACAAAGUAGCAAAAGAUUCCUUUCAGCUUCACUGAUUCAAUGUGGAUAUGGAACAUUCUGGAAGGCCAGCUCCCAUUUCUCAUUUGUGUUUAUUGUCCAGAAAGGACAAGUCUCUGGAGACAGUUGAGGCAAUACCAUCCAGAAUGAGUCAUCAGGCCUGACUUGCCACUCCUUUUGAUUCAGUCCUUCAGGGAGUCUGCCCUCAGGGAUCAAAGUCAGAAUGCAGGAUUAGGGCAUCUAAACAUUUUCUAAUUAGUGCACAGAUUCACUAAGUCACUACAAGGUGAACUCCACAUUAGCUCCUAAGAAGCAGUAUCUCCCCAGGUUCCCAUGGGGGAGUCUCUCCUGCCAUUGCAUUACAUGGCAAGAACAGGUGAUGUUUUGUUUUUGGUUUUUGCUUUCAGCAAAACACUAGUUUUCUUUGUUCAAUGAGGUUAAAGUUAGAGCCCCCACACCCCUUAAGAUUAGUCUGGGUUUGGGACAGCACAGAUAUAAUCAGUAAGCAUUCAGGUAUGGCGGCACAGCUACCCUUGAUGGGACUUAGUGAAUCUGCACAUUAAAUUAGAAAAUGUUUAGUAGAAACAUGCAGCAUAACUGCAUUUGAAAAUGAGAUUGUGCAGGCAGAUCUGAGUCAAGGCCAACCUGGUCUACAGAGAGAGUUGCUGGAUAGCUACACAGAGAUACCCUGUCUCAAAAUAAAUAAAUAAAUAAAUAAAUAAUAAGAAAAUGAGUGUGAUUUGAAAAUACUUGAGUUAUUUCCUGACCUCCAGGUGCCACUUUGAGCAUGACAGAUACCCAGGUAGGGAAGCACCGAAACACCUUACAGGUGUGUUGGCCAGUAUGGAAAGCCCACUUGUAGAAAGUCUAGAAAGUCAAUAGUGCCUGCCCCAUAGACAUUGUCAUUCCACUCUUAAGUCAGUUUUUCAAAUUCCCAAAUGUUUGUGGCAAUGAAAAGCAAUAAAUAGCUCAGGAGACUGGUUCUUUCUCAUUGGCAUAGUGCUGCAUUACAAAUGAUCAAAAACUGCAAGUCAUGUCUGCCACACUAAGAUACAAGACAUAACAGAGAAUCUUAAACACCCACAUGAAGAAACGGAAAGAAUAAAUCAAAUGUUUAAAAAAAAAAAACAGAAUAGGAGUUUGGGAGGUGACUGAGUAGGUAGAGUUUACCGAGCAAAUAUGGGGGCCUGAGUCAGGACCCUCAGAACACAGCAAACUCUGGGCAGGCAUGGAAGCCUCCUGUCAUCCUGACUCAGACGGUAGAGACAAGUGAGCCCCAGGGCAAGCUGGCUAGCUGAUUAGCUCGGGCUUCAAGUGGAAGGCCCUGUCCUGUAUAUAAGACGGAGAGUGAUGGAGGAAGAUAUCUGACAAUAACUUUGGACCUCCACAGGCACAUGCACACAUGUGCACACAUGCCCAACACACACACACAUGCACUCAAACACAAGCAAACACACCUGCAAAAGAAGGUGGAGUAGAAGUUUAGUUCUUAGCACAUUACAGCAGUUCUAAUAUGAUGGAACUCUUGUCUGUGGGAUGGAUGUGGUAAAAUUACUAUAUACAGUAGAUGGGUAGCCUCUCAGAAGGGCUGAAGUUUGCCUAAAGAAUGAGCUACUACAAGAGUCAGGUAAAGCUUUUGAAGCUAGUUAUUCUUCAGUUUAAUCAUCACCAACUAAUCUUCCUCUAGACAUGAACUGAUUUUAGACACCAUACAUGAAUAGAAGCAGCAAUCUAUUCAUUGUGCCAACUUCAUAGCUACUUCUGAAGAUCUCAUGACAUGCUUGCCUCUCUCAGAAGAGAUCUGCCUACUGCCUUUAGAAAUAGCAGAGCUAUUUCUAAAGACAUGGGGCUGUCAGGAUAAGUCCCUCAUCAGAUUAUUCAAUCCUGACCUUCAUUGGAUAUUAGUAUAAGAAAUAUAGUCUGCAUAUACCAGGCUUCAUGCUCCAGCCUGUUUACCAUCCUGAGUGUCUGGGUCCCUCAUAGAUUUCAGAACUCUCUGAAGGACUCUGAACACUGCCAAAGGCUUCAGAGAGGAGCUCUAACAAACAGGUCAGGAAGUCACUGGUAAUCAUGGCUUCUAGAGAAAUGGAUCCCAGAAUGUUGAUUUGCUGUUAGACACUAACUGUGUGACCAUGGCUUAGCUCUUGACUGUCCUGACUUCAUGCCUGCUGGAUGUCAGUUUUGUCCUGGGUAUUUGAAAGGUCACCCCAGGUGAGGGCAAGUGAAAGAUUUGGAAAUUAGCCCUCAGGAGAGCGUCUGAGUCAUCCCUUGGGCCAUCCUACAUCUCACAGUACAUUUCAGGAUCAGGCCCAGCUAAAGCUUGUGAAAAAUAGCCUUUUGGUUAGCUGGAAGGACAAAGAGGGGGCUCCCAGGAGCACAGACACAUAUCCACCUCCCUCAUAACAGGGUUGAAACUGCUAGGUAGGUCCUCACUGCCAACUUUCCAAGGUCCUCUGUCUGGCUUAAAGUUGACACCACCAGAAGUUAUUCAGGGAGGCUUUGAUCAAGUGAAGAGAAAUACUUAUUUCUGUGAGAAACUAAAUCUUCAGUUACUUAUGGGUGGUUGCCUGGCCGUGGGGGAGGGGAGAGGAAUUUGUAAAUCAUGGCUUUUGUUGUUGUUCUUUGGCCUUUGAUUUUGAAUUCUUGAGAGGCUGCUUCAAGCAAUAACAUGAGGUAUGCAAUAAUCCUGUCAGGUGGUAUGCCUGGGUUUGAGUUAGUCUUUUGCAUGUUGCCUGUUUACCCACACAGUUCACAUAGGGGCUAAAAAGCUUAACUUAUCAGGGAUGGAACUAGGUUUUACAGAGUUCCUUUAACAAACAAGCUUGCUACUUUCUCAUUUCUUCCUGCAUCUGCCUUGGGACUAUUAACUGCUAGGUCAUUCUGGCCAUUUUCAUUGAUGUCAUCAAAUGAGAAACACUUUCUUUAAAUCUCAAAGGCUUAAACAGCAAUGUAGAAAUCAACUCCCUAUCAUUUUAUUUUCCAAUCUAAUUCCUCACUGUCAUAUUUUUCAUUUUCCUGCAUCAGUUCCCAUGGUAACAAGUCUGUUGGCAGAGAAAAUACAACUCUGCUCUUAGCUUUCAGCACAAUGUAAAAUCCUUUUUAGGUAAGUGCGACAUAAACAAGCAGAGACUGGAGUCCUCUUGCUAAUGACAACAUUUUCUUAUCUCUUAUAUUCACUUUCCAUCCUGUCCUCAAGUAAGGCUCUCAUGUGCAGAGGCCUUCCAGGCAAUCACAGUUUCAAGGACUUAACCUUUGAGUUCCUGUGGCUUCCCUUUUCCAAAUGUCAAUAAGGUGAAUGCAUCCAUCAAGGCUGCACAGAAAAGCAACUUUCAAUCAAUUCCUAUAAAAAAUGCCCUCAGUAUUUCUGAGGAAAUAAUCUGUCCUGAACUGAGCCUUAAAUCAGGGUCUAAUGCCAAGAUAAUGAAAGGCAUUUAAGCAGAUUUCUUCCCAGUAAAUAAAUGCAGAGGCCAAGUUCUAAGCUCUUGAAAAGAAGUGAAGACUCAGGUGUGGAACACAGACAUGGUCCUGGCAGCUGCCUGCACACAGGGAAGCUUCAGUGGAGACAAUUCACUACCAAGUAUGAAAAGGCAAGUAAUUGCAUCCGACUUGGUGAAGUACUUACACCUGCGAUCCCAGCAAUGAGGGACUAAGUCAGAAGUGUUACAAGUUUGAGGCCAGUCUGGGCUACAUAAUAAGAUCUUGCAGGGACUGGGAAUGCAGGUACUAGGUCCAAUUCCUAGCACCUAAAAAAAUCUACUGAAGCAAAGGAAAUGGAGUAUAGAGAUGGAGAAAGGGGAGAGGAGCUUACAGAAAGCCCAACCCCAAGAUCAAAUGUUUUAAACUUCAGGUUCCUCUGUGGCUUGGCACUGACAGCCCCAACUACUGCCUCAGUGCCCAGGAAGCAACAGGGCUGUCAGAAGCUGAACAGGAGUUACCCAAAUAUGUGCAGAUUUUUUUUUUCAAGAAAAUGAAUUAAUUCAGGGGAAUGAAAAUAGAUAUUAAAUAAAAUGUGGUUAUCUCAACUAUAGUUAGGAAAACGAUCAAAUGUAAAUGAUCUCUUUCUUGCGUAGUCUAUGAGACACUUAAGCACCAAGUUAGCUGCUUAUAUUGUAUAAAGGUAUUUUUGGCUGUUCAAAGGUUAUUUUCCUAUAUUAAAAAGUUUCUUAUAUUAAAACCUUUUAUUAUAACUCAGGUUUUGUGUCUCUUAGACACACAUUUUUCUUUGCUAGUUUGUUUUGCACAGCUGGAGUCUGAGGUUGGAUGAUGCCUGGGUAUGACAGGUCAGCUGAACUGCCUGAUAGCUAGACUAAGGAAAGCACUUGACACAUGGGCAAACCACAUGGUUUUUCAUAGCUUUCCAUUCCUCCACUCAAAAAUAGUUUGCUGGGAAUCUUACAUGAUUUUGUUUGUUUUUGAAAGUCUCUGGAAAAACCAAGACGAAUCUCUCAGGCAGAUAAAGAAUUUCCUGUAUUUGCCCGAAUGUACUGUUUAAAUAAAUAUUACUUUCAAUACUCAUUUUUCCACUCAGAGGGCACUCACUGGUCUCAGACCAAGAAGAAGACAUCUGGCUUAGAUUAGGAUAGCUGAGUGCUGUUUUACUCUUAGGAAGCUUUGUUAUGCUUUGAUGACAGUGUCAAUGGACUGCAACAAAUGUUUCGUAUUUCUGCUCUGAUUAUUAGACAUUUCCUUUGCUUCCCUCCUCAAAAGAGCAAGCCUUACUAUGAUGUCUGUUUGAAGUAAAGGAAAAGGUAACUGACAGG